UUUGCACAAAAGAGUCUGUGUUUUACUAGGAACACCCAAAAUAGCAAGCAGUAAGCACUGACACACUGUGAGUUUUCAAACCCCAAAAAUGUAAGUGCCUUUUCCUGGCAGGAAAUAGUUGCUUGCAAAUGCUUUGGGGAAGCCGAGAAGUCAAAAGAAUUUUUCUUUUCUUUCAUCAAAUGUUUAAGACUUCUUAUAUUUUAUUUUUUGUAUUGUUCAUAUUUCUAAAGCUAGGAGGUCCUGGUGCUACAGAGAUUUGAAUGCUUCCUGUCAAGAACAGCAUCACCUAAGAAGGAUUUGGUCUUGAGCAUGUUCCAGAUAUCUAUUGAUUGAAAACAAAAUUUCAGCAUGCAUUGUGGCAAAUGGCUCUCUUUAGCUCUGACAGUGGCUCAGUUCAGUCCAUGUUUUCUCUGCAAACCCAGAUGUGACAGUGAGGACAUGGAACACAUUUUUGUGAGAUCUCGGAGCAUGAAACUCAGUGGCAUUCUGAAGAUGCCGUUUGUUCAUGAGGAACGGAUACUAACCCAGCCUUUGAUAUCAGGACAGACGAAGUCUGACGUACAGAAGCAAGACAGCUCUCUGGCUGACAACUGGCCACAGUUUUUGGAUGGGCCUUAUGAAGCCACUGUUCCUGAAAUGUCUGCAGAAGGUACUUCAGUGAUCCAGGUUACAGCUAGAGGUCCAGAUUCAAUGGGUGCUCGACUAUUUUACAGCAUCCCUCCAGAACAGCCCUAUUUCUCCGUGGAACCAACAACAGGAAUCAUAAGAACGCUUUACCCAGUGGACAGGGAAACACAAGAUCAGUACUUUGUUCUCAUCCAAGCAAGAGUUGGCCAAGCAAGUGAACGUUCUGCAACAACAACUGUAACCAUCAACAUUUCUGAUGUUAAUGACAAUCCUCCCCGAUUUCAACACAAGCGAUAUGACAUGUAUGUCUCUGAGACAGCACCUAUCGGCAGCAUGCUAGGCAAAAUCAUGGCAGACGACAAUGACAUUGGCGACAAUGCAGCCAUGGAAUAUAUUAUAGAAGAAGAACCCCCUCACAUUGUUUACAUCAUUACUGACAAUAAGACUCAAGAAGGAGCUGUCAUAUUAAACAAGACAGUAGAUUAUGAGACCCAAAGUGUAUAUGAUAUAAGAGUGAAGGGUAUCAACAGACACGUAGAUCAGCGUUUCCUUUCAGAAGACAUGAGAUUUGAAGACACUGCCAUUCUGAGGAUCAGAGUGCAGGAUGUGGAUGAACCUCCAGUUUUCAUAUCAAAGGAAUUAUUGAUGGAGAUUUCCGAAGAGGAAAUGAACAAUUCUUUUGUGGGAGCUGUGAGUGCCAGAGAUCCAGAUAAAGCCAAUAGUCCUAUCAGGUAUUCUAUUGUCCUCAGCGAGUAUUUCAGCAUCAAUGCACACAAUGGAACAAUCACUGUUACUAGACCAUUGGACCGAGAGAUAGCGGCUUGGCACAAUAUAACUGUUACAGCCACAGAAUCAAUGAACCUAAAACAAGUAUCAGAGGUGAAUGUUUAUAUCGAGGUUCUUGAUAUCAAUGAAUAUGCACCAGAAAUUUCAGAAUAUUAUGAGAUGUAUGUUUGCGAAAAUGCAAGAUCCAGCCAGUUCAUUCAGACCAUCAGUGCAGUUGAUAGAGAUGAUCCCAUGGAAGGCCACCAUUUUUUCUUCUAUUUGACUGAGGAGGCCACAAACAUAUCUGGUUUUGCAAUUGAAGACAAUCAUAAUAACACGGCCAGAAUUGUUACCACUAGAAAUGAGUUUCAUCAUCGAGAACAACUUCUUUUCCCCUUGUUAGUUCUAGUUGCUGACAAUGGGACUCCAUCCCUUACCAGCACCAAUACUCUAACUGUCACUGUAUGUGAGUGCAAUGAAGAAGUUAAUGUCCAAUCAUGCAGAUUUGGAACUAUUCUUUUUUCAAUGGGUAUUAGUGUGCAAGCUUUGGUUGCUGUUGUGGCUUGCAUACUAAUAAUAUUAGUCUUUGUUCUAGCAAUUGUGGCCUUGAAACAGCAGACAAAGCCACCUCUGUUUCACGAGAAAGGAGAACCAUUCAGAGAGAACAUUGUUAAGUAUGAUGAUGAAGGAGGCGGAGAGCAGGACACUGAGGCUUUUGAUAUUUCAGCACUGAGGACCCAACCUGUCUUGAGAGAACACAAACCUCGGAGAAAUAUCACAACACAGAUCCAGAGUCUUUACAGGCAAUCACUACAAGUUGGCCCUGAGAGUGCUAUAUUCCGGGAAUUCAUUGCACAGAAACUAGAAGAAGCCAACUCUGACCCAGAUGUCCCCCCUUUUGAUUCCCUUCAGAUUUAUGCCUUUGAAGGAAUUGGGUCAGUAGCUGGGUCUCUGAGCACACUAGGAUCAAGUUCACCUGAUUCAGAUGAAAAUGAGUACUAUCUACUUGAACUGGACACCCACUUCAAGAGAACAGGAACAAUUCAUGAUUCUAUCCCCCCAAAAAGUGGGGUUUUAGAAUCAGCUCAUGGUCACAAAAUGGAAAUAUUCUAAGACUUAUCAAAGGAUAGUUCUCAUUGUACCAAAGUGGAAAAGCUGAACACAGUUAAGUUGAUGCAAUUUUAAAUUGUGUGCAAAUCAUAUCAAAAGUUAUUAUUUAAACAAAAUUAAUUAUCUUCAUUUGCCAGAAAUGUAAUACAGUAGAGUCUCACUUACCCAAUAUAAACGGGCUGGCAGAAUGUUGGAUAAGCGAAUAUGUUGGAUAAUAAGAAGGGAUUAAGGAAAAGCCUAUUAAACAUCAAAUUAGGUUAUGAUUUUACUAAUUAAGCACCAAAACAUCAUGUUAUACAACAAAUUUGACAGAAAAAGUAGUUCAGUAUGCAGUAAUGCUGUGUAGUAAUUACUGUAUUUACGAAUUUAACACCAAAAUAUCACAAUGUAUUGAAAACAUUGACUACAAAAACACUGACUACUAAAAGGCAGACUGCAUUGGAUAAUUCAGAAUGUUGGAUAAGCGAAUGUUGGAUAAGUGAGGCUCUACUGUAGUAACAUUGCAACUUACGUUUAUUAUGCUGGAAUGAGUGGUUAUUUACUGCUUUACCUUCCUUCAAAAAUGCUGAUCUUUCAGAAUACUAGAAAUAGAUGGCUGAUAUGAGUAGAUUGUUGGGAAAAGAAAAUGUAGAAAACAACCUUGGAAACCAAAAAUAUUAUAUGUAAAUAUCCUCCACAGUUCAAGCUUUGCAAAUAUUAAAAUGUCUUUUGACAACAAUGUAACAUGCAAAAUUGUAAACUAAACUAUAUCAUGUCUGUGUACCAUAAAUAAUAGCUGCAUAGCAUUCAGUACAUUUUAUUACUGACUCUAGGAAGCUGGGGAAAACAUUGAAAAGAACAUAGGAGAGAUAGGAAAAAAAUGCACUGUUUUUCACCAUGAAAUUCUGGUUGCAUUUAGAUGAAUCUAAGUUUAAGCAAAACAAUACUUUCACCAUAUAAUUUAAAAACAUAGCUGUGUUAAUCUUGAUUAUAUGCAAAAUAAUCUUGUAGCACUGUUGUGAAUAACUGAAAGAAGCUGGUAGGAUAAGCUUUUAUGGACUCACAUCUACUUCAUCAGCUGCAUCUGAUAAAGUAGACUUUAUGAACACUUCAUUCUUUCAAUUAGUUCCAAAAAUGUACCCUCACACAGUUCUCAAUUUGUUUCUCACCUGAAUUUGGUCAAACUCAGAUAAAUACGCUUAUCAUUUGAGAUUUGAUGAUAUGUUAGGAUUGAAGCAAGUGAAUUUGCUUUCAAAAAUGAAAUUCUAAUUAUGGUCCAGAACCCAGGUUUGAACUGCUACCAUAGUUAUUCAAUUCUAAUGCUCACCUUUUUGGACAAAAUUACCUUCCUAAAAUUAGAGUGCACAUUAGAUUUGUGUAAUAUGGUAAAUAUUUUUGGGUGUCAGGGUUUUGAAAACUGAGGUGUGCAUUAGAUUCGAUGGCACAAUAAACUUGAAUAAAUCCAUUAAUCAGUCAAUCAGACUUUAUUUAUAUCCUGCCCCAUCUCCCCGUGGGGACUCAGGGCAGCUAAAUAUGGUAUAUUUCUGCUGUCACAAGAAGGCUUUCUCACUGCUCCCAUUUCUUUUGUAGCCCUCCAUACCAUAUUAAAACUUCCUCUGUAAAGGUUUUCAAAACUGUAAAACAGAUUUUGAAAUAAUAAGGCUACAGGCAAAAGAGUGAUUCAGUCCAUUUCCUCCUUGUAUCUUCUGGAUCUUGGCCAAUUUAAUUUGUCAGUAUUAAAACAUGAAGUCCCAAAAUAGUCAACACUUACUCAUAAUUAAGCAUGACCUUUUAAUGAAACUAUUUAGAAACAUUUUAAACUCCCAAAUAUUUUCCUCACUAGCAAAAUCUGAAAAAGAGUUUGUUAAAAAAGCAAGUUCAAAUGUGAAUCCAUAUUCAGCUUAAAUAUGAUAAUCAACCAUCUUCCAUAAAACCAAAUACCAUUCAGGUUUAGGCAUUUUCCCCUUUUAUUAAGAGCUUAAAAGAUGACUGAUUUCCCAGCACAGAUUUAUUUUAUUUUUUUAUUAUGGAAUAUAAAAUUAGCUGCAGCACUCAAUUUUAUUGUCACAGUAUUAGAGAUCUUUAAAAUGCUAAGCUGGUGGACAUAAAACUUUAUGUAUAACAUUAGAUAAUACGAUAGUAAAACACUUUAAUAUUAAUCCAGCUCUCAGAAAAUGAUCGCACUCCAUUUCAUCUCCCAGGAAUCAAGCCCAGUUUCCAAAUUAAAUUCCCUUAUUGGAUUGUUUUGUUCUGUUUUGUUUGCACAAUCUACUGUCGGUAUAAAAUUGGCUCUGAACUAUAAUUUUCUGUCACUUUAUCUCUAAGUCUGAUCAGCACAAAAUGCAGUGAUCUAAAAGCCAUCAAAUUCAUCCCCAUGGCAUCUGUUGAACAAUGAGCCCUGGUUCUUAUUUAUUUACCAUGUUUCUAUUAGGUGUUUAUUUCGUAGCCCCAGCAUCAUGUAAUCAACUGAAACAUUUCAAUUGCAGUGAAAGUUGGCAUUGUGAUAAGGAAAAUCAGCCAGUUAAUUACUUUUUAAAAAAAGGAAACAGUUGAGAAAUUACAAGUGAAGCAAGAGCACAAAGGAAGAGCAGAAUUGAAAGUAUCAGAGCCUAAAUGGAAAGGGGCCAAAAGAGGAACACUGUGUCUGCCAUUAUAAAUAUGUUUUAUUGGAACUUGAAAGGGUCUAUAUUGGAAAUUUAACUCAAUUGCUUGCCUUGAAAUAAAAUAAUGUUCAUCUAAAACACCUCUGA